GUGGGGAGUCAGUCAUUGCCGUGUUGAUCCACGCAAUGAUCUAUUUUUUGGAAAAGGAGAGAGUCAGCGUUGCAGCGGUGCUCUUCGGCCUGGCUGUGCAUUGGCGAAUCUACCCGGUGAUCUAUGUUCCUGCAAUAGCCGUCCGCCUUUCCCAUCGAGAUUUUCUAGGUUUUGCCGUGUUGUCCUUGAGCACCUUUAUGGUUUUGGUUGCCUUCUUCUACAAGCUCUAUGGCAUGGAAUUCCUCCAAUGUGCUUACCUGCACCACAGUCAACGGAAGGAUCCACAACACAAUUUCUCAGUGUACUUUUUCUUGGUGAAUGGCAGCGCUGAUGUGACUCGUUUCGCUUUUCUCCCGCAACUUUGUUUGUCAACCUAUUUGGGACUCCGUUCGAGUGGCGGGUGGGCUCCGGUCUUUUUACUGCAGACCUUAGCUUUCGUGGCCACCAACAAGGUCCUCACC